GGGCUCAAACGCGACAGCGCAUGAUGGGCUGUGACCUCCUGGAGGACGGCACCACCAGGGGGUUUUAUCAGAACGCCUACGACGGGAAGGACUUUCUUGCCUUGAACGAGGACAUGACGGGGUUCAUCGCGGCGGACGCGGCGGCGGAAAUCACCAAGAGGAAGUGGGAGGAUGAGGAUGAAGCCGAGCGGCGGAAACACUACCUGCAGAACACCUGCAUUGAGUGGCUGGAGAAAGACUGCGACACCGCUGUGGACAGAUGGUUCCCCAAGGUCCGGCCCCUCGAAGAGAAGAUGGCGAAUCUCCCUCCUUGCGCCUACAGGCCAGCAUCUCGGCUGCCAGGAGCCUGCCCAACAGAACAGGGACCGUGGGUGCAGACCGCGUGCCACCUGCGUAGCCUGGGCGAGAGAGACACGGGCUCCUCUCGGGGUGAGAAGGCUUCUGGUUUGCCAUUGCAGGAGUCGG